AUGACGGCGGCUCCCCCGCAGGCACCCGGGCUGGCGGAGACGUCUAUAAAUGUCCCCCAACACCCUCCCGGAAUCUCAAUUGCAUCUCCAACAGACAAUAUCGACACUCCAGAACCUACCUAUACACCACACACACUCACACCCUCCACAAUGCCCAAAGAAGCCAUCAGAACCGCCCUCAAGGUCGACCUCAAGGCACCUGCCCCCUCCCAGCCCGGCCUUCACAACAGAUGGCACCCCGACAUCCCCACCGUCGGCAAGAUCGUCCCCGGCGAAGCCGUCAAGAUCGAGUGCAUCGACUGGACAGGCGGUCAGAUCAAGAACGACGACAGCGCCGACGACGUCAAGAACGUCGAUCUCUCGUGCGUGCACUUCCUCAGCGGGCCCUUCGAGAUUGAGGGCGCCGAGCCCGGCGACGUGCUCGUUGUCGAGAUCCAGGACGUGCAGCCGUUCCAGGAGCAGCCGUGGGGCUUCACGGCCGUCUUUGACAAGAAGAAUGGUGGUGGCUUCUUGGACGAGCACUACCCGCAGGCCGCGAAGGCCAUCUGGGACUUCGAGGGCAUCUACUGCUCCUCCCGCCACAUCCCCCACGUGCGCUUCCCCGGCCUGAUCCACCCCGGCAUCAUGGGCUGCGCGCCCUCCCCCGAGAUCCUCGCCGAAUGGAACCGCCGCGAGGGCGAACUCGUCGCGGCCUCCGGCCACCUCGACCGCGUCGUCGCCAACCUCCCCGAACCGCACGGCGUGCACGCCGGCUCCGCGUCCGGCGACCUCGCAGCCAAGAUCGGGCGCGAAGGCGCACGCACCAUCCCCGGGCGCCCCGAGCACGGCGGCAACUGCGACAUCAAGAACCUGUCCCGCGGCAGCAAGACAUACCUUCCGGUGCACGUUCCGGGCGCCAAGUUCUCCGUCGGCGAUCUGCACUUCAGCCAGGGCGACGGGGAGAUCAGCUUCUGCGGGGCGAUUGAGAUGGCGGGUGUGAUUACGUUCAAGUUUGGGCUAAUGAAGGGCGGGAUUGCGGAGCUGGACAUGAAGAGCCCCAUCUUCCUGCCGGGGCCCGUGCAGCCGCAGUUUGGGCCGGGCCGGAUGUUGACGUUUGAGGGUUCAGUACAGACGUGCUUGAGGGUGUUUGAGUAUUUGAAGAGGUAUGGGUACUCGGGUGAGCAGAUCUAUCUGCUGCUGUCGUGUGCGCCGGUCGAGGGGCAUGUGGCGGGGAUUGUCGAUAUUCCGAACGCGUGCACGACGAUGGGCAUACCGAUGGAUAUCUUUGACUUUGACAUCUCGCCUGGCGCGCCGGCGACGAAGCUGGACAUGGGCAGCUGCGCGCUUACGAGUGAUCGCAAGUGA